CCUCUAUUAGCUGAGGAGAUCAUGGACCAACCCGAGCACGGACCAGCUUUGGCUGAUGGCAGUGAUACUGGCCAGCACGCAAUGAAUCGAAUGCAACGAAAGUCACCCGCCAAGUCUGCGAGACAACAACUCCCAUCUCCUCCUGCCGAUUCGCCAACACGCAGAGGCAGCCGCUUCAACCCUGGCUUGUUGACACCUCCUUCAAGCCAGGUUCUGGCAGAAGAUGAAGCGUUUAGUCCUUCGAAACACCAUCGGAAGUCACCGUCCAAAUGUCUGAGUGCCAUUGCCCGGACACGUGCGUUCAAUCCACAACCCUCUACCCCUACGCGACAGACAGCAUCAAGGUCCGAGAAGCGUAAACGGGCGACUCCGUCAGCCUCUGAUCUACGCUCUCCAUCUCCCAAGAAAGCAACUACGUGCAUGUGCGGGAGCCGUGCGAAACGAAUUCUCUACAAAUCAGUCCAUGCGAACAACGUCAAUGUUAACUACUUGCCACUUGGCGAGUGUCCGAGUCGCAAAUGCCGAAUGCGGUCCCGAUCCAUCACUCCAGCGUAUGAACCUCCCGGUGAGAGGUUCACGCCUCCAAGAGAGAUAGAAGUCGUCAGACCUCCCAUCGAGACACCAACAGCAAAGUCGAUUAGACGGAACGCGUUGUCCAAGGUUAAACAGGUAUCUCCACCUGUGAAGAGCGAACCACCAGAAAUCGAUCUCACUCAACGCCCACGGCCUCCCUCUCCGGGUGAGGACCCGAUCCUCCUAUCGGGCAACCGCCCUUCAAAGAAUCCACCUCUUCGUUCCCGCUAUACCCCAUCUUUCUCUUCUUCCCCAUCUUUCAACCAUCAAUUCACUGAUCCGCCUACGUCUUUCGCCGCGCGUCUGUCGGGAGGCCGUGUGAAUGACUUUGGGGAUCUUACAGACUCGGAUGUGCUUCCUGCCCCCACUAUUCUAGAGGCACAUGACCAAAUCAACGACGAUGGAUGGAGCGAUUCAGAUGACGACGGCUUUAAUCUCACCGGCGAGUACACGGGAAAGUACAAAAUGUUUAAGAUUCCUACCAAGGCAGAUCCCCCGACUAGUGGGACUAGAGAGAAGAUGGAGUCAUGGGGGAGACCCCUUAGUCCGUUCCCUUACAGCGAAAUCCUGGAGAGGUCUCUUCCCCUGUCCGAUAUGACGGAGGAAGAUAUACUCGAGGAUAAUGACCAGCAUCCGGACACGCAAGCACGUAGUAAACCGAACGAGAAUGUAUUCUUCCCAGUGGCCGAAACUUCAGCGCCUCCGCCACCCGCUCGAGCAGAUGAGGGAGUGGAUGAUUCCUCGGAUGGUGACGAGGGAGUUGAGGCUGAUGUUGUAAAGGUCACCAGUGGAGACCCUCAGACAGCUGCCCAUGCUGCGGCCAUAUUGAAUCUGCAUGACUACGACUGCAUUAUGGCAGCAUCUAGCAGUCCCAAACCUUCCAAGCGCAAGCGGCGUAAAACCUUCGGGAAUGCAGGCAUCAUCAAACCUUACACGGAUUUGAAGGAAAGGCGGCGCACCAUGGACGGAUAUAGGCUUCCCACACCUUCUGCGGACACAACACUACAUGACAUCUGGCGCAGCACCGAAGAUAGCGUCCUCGUGGAUCAAUCUGAUCGCGAAAGAAGUGGACAGUGGAGCCGGAAACACUGGAAACAUUUGGACAAGUGCCUCGUCGCUGAACGACUGACGGUUGGCGCAUCACUCCAUCACCCGGCGGAACUUCUCGCCCCAUUCGAUAAGAUUUCCAAGGAUCGAGUCCUGGACAGGUUUGUCGCGGAGGUUGGAGGGACCGAGGCGUUACACAGCUUUGGACCACAGUGGUCUAGACCAAACUUGAUGCUGAGGUUGGAGAUUCUCAUCAGACGACAACAACGGUUGUCUACUGCGGCUCGCGCGCCCUCGCGGCAUGACAAAGCGGAAUUUAGCAAUUUUGACCGUGCACCACCUUAUGAAAGCCUUCUUCAACAGGCCAUUGCCGUCACAUCAUCAACCUAUGCGGAUGCCGGAAGUAGCACGACUCUCCGCGAUGCGUGGACUGCAAAGUCGAGUGAACGGGGACCUAGGCCACUGCCUACGUGCCCGAGACCCAGGGCGGACCCGAGAGCGCCAAUUACCACGCCGUCCCGCCCCGCUGGACCAAAACCUCCGCCUCCCAAAGAGCAAGUCCAUCUGAGACACGCUAGUCUUCCAAAGAAGUCGAUGAUACCUGUUCUCGUACGCCCUCGGCGCCUCGUCGACUUGAGACACUGGUCACCAAGCAAGCACGCGCGUGAACAAGUGAGAUCUGCGAUUCAACCGCGGAGUAGUGGCGGAGGUGGUGUGAAGGACCUCAUUAAAUGUUUUGAGGGGCUGGACCAACUUAAUUCAUUGCAAGGGAGCAAAUGAAUGAUCGAUUUUUUGACCUAGUAUUUUGUUGAUAUCUUUGGUCUACAACUGCAGGGCAGUGUGUUUGGUGUUGUACUAUGUACCUACCUAGGUUUCGGAACUAUCAUAAUCAGUGGAGUAUUCAGGAGACACGCUACAGAAUGAUUGUAUGGCACAAAUAUUAUUCGAUGCGUCGCAGGUGUCGCUAUUCAUAAU